CUUACCAGGCAAUACAAAAUACUACCAACACUAAAAAAACUCAACUAAUUACAACCACUUCUUUAUCUAAAUCUCAGAUUACUGCCCAAGUAGCUCAAUCAACCUCAAUUCCUCAAGCAACCGAAUCCUUCAUAAUGUCACCAUCUUCUGAGUCAGUUACAUCUCCACCACCUGAAUCCAUCACCACUCUGUCUGAAUCAAAGUUCACCACAACCUUAACUGAAUCUGAAUCGUCCACCCCAACUUUAUCCGAGUCAUCUUCCAAUACCCAAGAAAGUGAAUACCCUAUUGCCUCCUCUCCUUUAUCUACAUCCAUAACUACUCCUGCAACAAAUGAAUUCAACACCACAUCGACAUCGCCCUUAUCAACAGAGAACCAGCUAACAUUUGAAAAUACAAUUAUUAUAUCCACAUCACAAUCCAUUGCCAAUUCACCUCUUACUGAAACCAUCACCCCAACUUUGUCUCAAACCACGCCUACUACUCAGGUAACUGAAUCCACAAACAAAACACCACUAGCAACAUAUGCAACCAUUCCUCAAACAACUGAAUCCACUACCACCUCGCUUUUGAUUGAGCCCACAACCUUAUCUCCCACAUCUGAAUCCACCAUCGUUCUUUUGUUAUCUCGCUCCACAAACUCUCCUGAAACAACAGAAUCUACGACCACUUCCCCAAUAAUCGAAUUGACGACAACACCAUCGUUGUCUGAUUCCACAUCCAUUUCACAGGGAAAUAAUGCAAACACAAAUGCCCUGUUACUGAACAACUUCACCAGUACUUCCCUAGCAAAUGAAUCCACCACGACGUCCAAAACAACUAAAUUCACCACCCUGCCUCUGUUCUCUGAAAGUUCAACCACUGAACUGGAAACAGAAUUUACCACAAAUCUCAAAUCUUCUGAGUUCACUGUCACUCCAACUGUAUUUGAGUCAACAUCUCUUUCCGAAAUGACUACAGCCAUCACUUCUUCCCCUGCACAAGAAUCCACCACCUCCCCUCUUUUGUCUGAAUCUGCAACCAUUCCACAAGCAACAGAAUCCAUCACGAUGUCUCAGGUAACUAACGUAGUUCUGACAGCUAAUUCUGAAGCCACUAUCAACCCACAAGAACAUGAACCGCCCACUACAUCUUCAUUCUCUCAAACUGCAACCGCUCCCAAGAAAACAGAAUUUACCACCAGUCUCAAAUCAUCUGAAGUGACCAUCACCCCUGUUGUGUCUGAAACCACAAACACACCACAAAAAUCAGAAUUCCCAACGAGCUUCUCAUUGUCUGAUUCCAGCAAAAUACCAUCUUUUCCUGAAUCUACAACUCUCUCCAUGGGUACUGAAACCUCCAUGCCUCACCUCUCAACCAACGUAACCACCCCAAUUUUGACCGAAACUACAUCAACUCCCCAAAAAACUGAACAUACAACCAUCCCUAUGUCCACAUCAAGUGCCACUUACCAGCCAUCACUUCUUCCCCUGCACAAGAAUCCACCACCUCCCCUCUUUUGUCUGAAUCUGCAACCAUUCCACAAGCAACAGAAUCCAUCACGAUGUCUCAGAAUCUCGACCACUUCCCCAAUAAUCGAAUUGACGACAACACCAUCGUUGUCUGAUUCCACAUCCAUUUCACAGGGAAAUAAUGCAAACACAAAUGCCCUGUUACUGAACAACUUCACCAGUACUUCCCUAGCAAAUGAAUCCACCACGACGUCCAAAACAACUAAAUUCACCACCCUGCCUCUGUUCUCUGAAAGUUCAACCACUGAACUGGAAACAGAAUUUACCACAAAUCUCAAAUCUUCUGAGUUCACUGUCACUCCAACUGUAUUUGAGUCAACAUCUCUUUCCGAAAUGACUACAGCCAUCACUUCUUCCCCUGCACAAGAAUCCACCACCUCCCCUCUUUUGUCUGAAUCUGCAACCAUUCCACAAGCAACAGAAUCCAUCACGAUGUCUCAGGUAACUAACGUAGUUCUGACAGCUAAUUCUGAAGCCACUAUCAACCCACAAGAACAUGAACCGCCCACUACAUCUUCAUUCUCUCAAACUGCAACCGCUCCCAAGAAAACAGAAUUUACCACCAGUCUCAAAUCAUCUGAAGUGACCAUCACCCCUGUUGUGUCUGAAACCACAAACACACCACAAAAAUCAGAAUUCCCAACGAGCUUCUCAUUGUCUGAUUCCAGCAAAAUACCAUCUUUUCCUGAAUCUACAACUCUCUCCAAGGGUACUGAAACCUCCAUGCCUCACCUCUCAACCAACGUAACCACCCCAACGUUGACCGAAACUACAUCAACUCCCCAAAAAACUGAACAUACAACCAUCCCUAUGUCCACAUCAAGUGCCACUUACCAGGCAAUACAAAAUACUACCAACACUAAAAAAACUCAACUAAUUACAACCACUUCUUUAUCUAAAUCUCAGAUUACUGCCCAAGGAAAUAAUGCAAACACAAAUGCCCUGUUACUGAACAACUUCACCAUCAACAUCUCUUUCCGAAAUGACUACAGCCAUCACUUCUUCCCUGCACAAGAAUCCACCACCUCCCCUCUUUUGUCUGAAUCUGCAACCAUUCCACAAGCAACAGAAUCCAUCACGAUGUCUCAGGUAACUAACGUAGUUCUGACAGCUAAUUCUGAAGCCACUAUCAACCCACAAGAACAUGAACCGCCCACUACAUCUUCAUUCUCUCAAACUGCAACCGCUCCCAAGAAAACAGAAUUUACCACCAGUCUCAAAUCAUCUGAAGUGACCAUCACCCCUGUUGUGUCUGAAACCACAAACACACCACAAAAAUCAGAAUUCCCAACGAGCUUCUCAUUGUCUGAUUCCAGCAAAAUACCAUCUUUUCCUGAAUCUACAACUCUCUCCAAGGGUACUGAAACCUCCAUGCCUCACCUCUCAACCAACGUAACCACCCCAACGUUGACCGAAACUACAUCAACUCCCCAAAAAACUGAACAUACAACCAUCCCUAUGUCCACAUCAAGUGCCACUUACCAGGCAAUACAAAAUACUACCAACACUAAAAAAACUCAACUAAUUACAACCACUUCUUUAUCUAAAUCUCAGAUUACUGCCCAAGUAGCUCAAUCAACCUCAAUUCCUCAAGCAACCGAAUCCUUCAUAAUGUCACCAUCUUCUGAGUCAGUUACAUCUCCACCACCUGAAUCCAUCACCACUCUGUCUGAAUCAAAGUUCACCACAACCUUAACUGAAUCUGAAUCGUCCACCCCAACUUUAUCCGAGUCAUCUUCCAAUACCCAAGAAAGUGAAUACCCUAUUGCCUCCUCUCCUUUAUCUACAUCCAUAACUACUCCUGCAACAAAUGAAUUCAACACCACAUCGACAUCGCCCUUAUCAACAGAGAACCAGCUAACAUUUGAAAAUACAAUUAUUAUAUCCACAUCACAAUCCAUUGCCAAUUCACCUCUUACUGAAACCAUCACCCCAACUUUGUCUCAAACCACGCCUACUACUCAGGUAACUGAAUCCACAAACAAAACACCACUAGCAACAUAUGCAACCAUUCCUCAAACAACUGAAUCCACUACCACCUCGCUUUUGAUUGAGCCCACAACCUUAUCUCCCACAUCUGAAUCCACCAUCGUUCUUUUGUUAUCUCGCUCCACAAACUCUCCUGAAACAACAGAAUCUACGACCACUUCCCCAAUAAUCGAAUUGACGACAACACCAUCGUUGUCUGAUUCCACAUCCAUUUCACAGGGAAAUAAUGCAAACACAAAUGCCCUGUUACUGAACAACUUCACCAGUACUUCCCUAGCAAAUGAAUCCACCACGACGUCCAAAACAACUAAAUUCACCACCCUGCCUCUGUUCUCUGAAAGUUCAACCACUGAACUGGAAACAGAAUUUACCACAAAUCUCAAAUCUUCUGAGUUCACUGUCACUCCAACUGUAUUUGAGUCAACAUCUCUUUCCGAAAUGACUACAGCCAUCACUUCUUCCCCUGCACAAGAAUCCACCACCUCCCCUCUUUUGUCUGAAUCUGCAACCAUUCCACAAGCAACAGAAUCCAUCACGAUGUCUCAGGUAACUAACGUAGUUCUGACAGCUAAUUCUGAAGCCACUAUCAACCCACAAGAACAUGAACCGCCCACUACAUCUUCAUUCUCUCAAACUGCAACCGCUCCCAAGAAAACAGAAUUUACCACCAGUCUCAAAUCAUCUGAAGUGACCAUCACCCCUGUUGUGUCUGAAACCACAAACACACCACAAAAAUCAGAAUUCCCAACGAGCUUCUCAUUGUCUGAUUCCAGCAAAAUACCAUCUUUUCCUGAAUCUACAACUCUCUCCAAGGGUACUGAAACCUCCAUGCCUCACCUCUCAACCAACGUAACCACCCCAACGUUGACCGAAACUACAUCAACUCCCCAAAAAACUGAACAUACAACCAUCCCUAUGUCCACAUCAAGUGCCACUUACCAGGCAAUACAAAAUACUACCAACACUAAAAAAACUCAACUAAUUACAACCACUUCUUUAUCUAAAUCUCAGAUUACUGCCCAAGUAGCUCAAUCAACCUCAAUUCCUCAAGCAACCGAAUCCUUCAUAAUGUCACCAUCUUCUGAGUCAGUUACAUCUCCACCACCUGAAUCCAUCACCACUCUGUCUGAAUCAAAGUUCACCACAACCUUAACUGAAUCUGAAUCGUCCACCCCAACUUUAUCCGAGUCAUCUUCCAAUACCCAAGAAAGUGAAUACCCUAUUGCCUCCUCUCCUUUAUCUACAUCCAUAACUACUCCUGCAACAAAUGAAUUCAACACCACAUCGACAUCGCCCUUAUCAACAGAGAACCAGCUAACAUUUGAAAAUACAAUUAUUAUAUCCACAUCACAAUCCAUUGCCAAUUCACCUCUUACUGAAACCAUCACCCCAACUUUGUCUCAAACCACGCCUACUACUCAGGUAACUGAAUCCACAAACAAAACACCACUAGCAACAUAUGCAACCAUUCCUCAAACAACUGAAUCCACUACCACCUCGCUUUUGAUUGAGCCCACAACCUUAUCUCCCACAUCUGAAUCCACCAUCGUUCUUUUGUUAUCUCGCUCCACAAACUCUCCUGAAACAACAGAAUCUACGACCACUUCCCCAAUAAUCAAUUGA